AUGGGAUCUCUACAGCAACCACCACCUCCUCCGGAGAUGCCACGAACUAACUUAUCUCCUUUCUAUUACGGUCUAGUCGUGAUAGGUUCCACGGCAAUUAUUCUUGCAAUACAUAACAUCUUUGUCGUUGGAUGGUGCAUAUCUCGUCGCGGAAGACAACCACGUCAAAUCCCUAUUGAUCUACCACUACCGGUAAUCACUAGCCAGAUUUUCAAUAGAGACUCGAGUUCGCUACUAAUUUCUACAUUCAAAAAUAAGAAAGAAGGGAAGGAUGAUGAGUGUGUUAUAUGCUUAUCGAGUUACGAAGAUGGUCAAGAUGUUCGACAGUUGUCUAGGUGUAAACAUUCAUUUCAUGCUUCUUGUAUAGAUAUGUGGCUCUUCUCUCAUUCAGACUUCCCAAUUUGUCGAACAACCUCUGGAAAUGCCAGUAACAACCAUGCUAGCACUAGCAUUGUCUGUGAAAAUGGCAGUCCAUUUAGCAGAACAAAUGUGGUUUCACGGCCAGCGGGAGUGCCAGAGAAGAAUAGAGCUUGCAGGUUACUCAGUUGGUACACUGAGGGCGAGAUUGUGGCUGAUGUAGUUAUUGCUGAAGCAGAUCCAAAGAAGUUAAUCCAUGGAAUGCCAAUAGGUUUUGGAGCUUACAAGGUAUCUGUGAAAGGUUCUCGUGUGGAUGAUGCUCUUCUCUACAGGCAAACCAAUGAGUUGAAGUGUAUCCAUGAUGUUAUAGGAACUUACAUCUCAUGGGCCAAGGAUCUGAUAUUGCUUGACUAUCCAUCUGACUUCUUAAUCUUCUUUGGGAGUGUUUCAGGAAACUUUCUUCUUUUGCUGCUCUUUUUUUGCGUCACUGGAUAUUUUGAAUGGUCAAACGGUUUAGUGUUUGAAUGA